AGAGAGAAGGGUGGUAACUGUAUCAGCGCCUACAAAUCAUGUAAGUAGUUACUCUUCAAAUUUGCUUGCAGAAACAGGGCGUUGACCGCAUUGAUGGCGGCGCCUACAUGCAAAUCAAUUUGACGGCGAUCGACUCUUUGAUUCGAUUGCGAUCCUACAGAAUCCAACUGAAACCGGAAUUGAACGACCUCGAGGUUGCGGCGAGCGACGGAGGAUCCACCGCGGCGUGGCGGCGGUGUUCUGCUGGCUCGCAUUUUUCCGGCGGAAUUUCUCCAGCUCGCCUCCAAAUAUUUGCGGAGAAACCACUUCUAUGUGAUCGAUUAUUGCAGAGAAUUGAAUUGGUAGGAUUUUGGCGGGACGGCGGCGGUUUGCAGCAGAUUAUAGGGAGCUAGAUGAAGGAUUACCAAGAGAGAUGGAAAUCAGGCUGCAGAAACAGUGUGAUUGCUUCGCUGAUGGGUUUUGAUGAGCAGCCUAAGCCGCCAUUCAAUGAAAACCGGAGAGGUUUAUCUGAAAGAUAUGUCCGAGCCUCGGCUUCCAUAGGCCUACGGCCGGGUAGGUUAGUUUCUGUUGGUCGUUCGUGUAGGAAAGGUAAUGAGAGUGAAAGUGAUAAUGCUUCGGAUAGAUUUGUGAACUCGGGAAGUAGGAGUAUAAGGAAGGGUAUGAGAUAUUCAGGAAAUGGUGGUGCUCAAGUCCCAAGUUCGUUAGUUGGAGCUGGUCAUGGAAGCAGGAAAUCAAUCGAUGAGCAUUGUGCGAAAAAUGUCCUGAGAUGUCGGCAGAAACUUGAGUUUAGCAUUGAUUCCACAGGGAUCAAACCGAUCUCCAAGAAUGUAGUGUAUGAUCUCAACAAUGAUGAGUUAGAUUUGCAUAGCAGUCGAGGCUGUAGAAAACAGCGGGAGUCUUUAAAGCCUGUAAUUAGAAAUCUCGCCAAUGAGUUGAUACAUGAAGAGCUACCUGUGAACAGUAAUGUGUCUCUAGGGCGUAGGUGCAAUGGUUGUUCCCGAGCUAUGAACAGAAUCUCUCAACAAGAAAGUUUCAGAAGCAAAUUUGAGGCAGUACUUCGAUAUAGAAGUUACAGCCAUCAUCCACAUAGUUUACUUCAUCGGCCGUCUUUGGUCAAUGGAUCCAAGAAGCAAAAUUUUCGAAGGUGGAAGAUGGCAAAUAAGUUUCAAGAAUUUGGAGAUUCUCGGAGGAAUGAAACUCUUAAUCAAAUUCUAGCUUUGACUAAUCGGAUAUCAAAGACAAGAAAUUUGGAUGUGAAAUGUGGUAAAACUGGUUUGUGCAAUCCAACCAGUAGCAGCCCUUCACUUCCUAGCAGCAUAGAUGUUGGGGAUGAUGAGACUCUGAAAAGCCUUCCAGUUUCUGAAUUUGAAGAAGUGAAAGAUAUCCUUUCGACUGAAUGGAGCUCGACAGAGAAUGAACUUAUUGCAACAGAGAACAUGUCUGAGGAGCCAACAACUUCCGGGAAUGAAUAUUUAGAAUCUAAAAAUGGGAAGGGCAAAGAGCAGUUUCAGAUUUAUCUUGGUGCGGAUGAAACCAUGUCACCGGGUUCUAAAGUCUCUGAGCUGUCUAGCUGUUCCUUUUCUUGCUUUGGUUCAGCACUCAACAACCCUGAAGCAUACAUCCUAAGCAUUCGUGACGAAAUGGAUAACAAUCUUGAAAGCGAGUUCGGUAAAGAAUCGAGUGCAACUGUUGGGGUUUCUUCUCAAACCAAUGGUGACCUUAAGUCAGAAUCAAAUCUGUGUAGCAAAUUGGAGGAAUGUGGGAAAUCUUCUGCUGUUGAAGAAGUUUUGAGCAGAGAGGGAUCGUUAAACGAAUAUUUCAAGGAAGAAUCAGCUUAUUCAAACUUCUCUGCAAUAGUUCCUCUAGAGUCCCUGGAGAACUUGAAGAGAACCGAUCAGCAUAGUCCUGACUCAGUUUUGGAAUCACUUGAUGUAAAGAGUUCCUCUUUCGAAUGGCUCGACACUGCAGGACUGCGGUUACAACUCGAAUCUCUAAAUUUUGACUCUGUUGAAACUUACUCUGAAGGAUCUGUCAUGGUUGUCUCUGGUGAAGAUGACUUUGAGGAGGAGUUUGGUAUUCUCCACCAUGAUAGCAGAAAGGUUAAGUGGUGGUUUGGAGAUGGCGAUAGCAGGAACUUCUCUUACAUGGUUGACGUUCUGGAUGAAGCCGGGUUUUUUGGGAAGAACUCUUUCAUGGAUUUCAAGAUGUGGUAUUGCCUUGAAUGCCCAAUAAACCCCUUGGUGUUUGAGACAUUAGAGAAAAAAUAUGGCAAACAGGCAUAUUGGAAGAGCUCUGAAAGGCAGCUUCUGUUUGACCGUAUAAAUUCAGGGGUUUUAGAAAUCUUCAAUCCCAUAAUAAACUUUCAUUCUGUCACAACAUCUAUACGGAAAAAACUCUGUGCCUCGCUCAGACUAGAUGAGGUUGUGGAUGAGUUAUGGACAAAGCUCAUUAGCCAGGAAAAAGAGGUGACCAAAGAGCUGUCGAAAAAGGCUAUGGCCGAAUGGUUGGAGUUGGAGGAAGGUAUUGAUAUUAUCUGUAGAGAACUGGAGGGCUCAUUAUUUGAUGAACUGGCCAUGGAGUUCUCUAGUUUGUGGGAUUGAUAAACCGAGCUUUUCUCUCUCGUCUCAUGUUUCCUUUUCCAUGCCUAGUUCUGGAUGCUUGUACUUCUUUUGUUUACAGUACGGCACACUUAGGCAAAAUCCACGAGAAACACAGAGAUGGCCAGAUGGGCGUUUCUAUCUCGGACAAAGUUUUGGGUAUGAUAUGUAAUGCAUUCGUGUUCAGUAGACGCGCUCUCCAUCGGAACUUGGACUAUUAGGAGUGCGGAUUUCUUCUCAAUGUCGAUAGAUUGUUCUUCCAUUCAACAAAGGAUCAUCUCCUACAGAGUGUUGAAGGUAUGUAGAUACGAAGGUUUUGUCGUACGAUUGUUGUAUUUGUUGCAUCAAUGCAUUUGUGUGAAAUUUUUCGGCUUUCGACUGAAGUACUGAUGGUCAGAGCAGCUAAGAUGUGCUGCUUUAUCAAUUUUGUGUCUUCUUUGAUUCAUUGAUUGUAUUAGAUUUUUUUGCAUAUAUAGUUGAGAUCUUUCUUCU